GGAGGAGGAGGAGGAGGAGGAGGAGGAGGAGGUUCAAGAUGGAGCGAGCUCACAGCCUCCUGCUGAACGAGGAUGCGUGCAACCAGCUGGCUGAACACCAGAGGGCAGAGUUCAUCUUCGAAUGGCUGAACCACCUGAAGAAGCUGCUCCCGGCCGCUGACAGGGUCGACGUCAGACAGAACCAGCGGCGCCUGGUCGAGCAGCUGUCCUGCGUCCUGAUUGGCUCUCCUGGCCCACCGACCCGCUGGCUGCUGGCCCACUGUCUGGCCCUGCUCUACCGCCUGGGAGACCCCUUGCUGGCCAGCUUAUUAGUGGAUAGGUGCAAUGACAUCAUCCGCAGCAGAGACGACUCUCCCUCAGGCCUCCCCACCCGGCUGGUGGCGGUUGCGUGUCUCGGUGCUCUGUACGAGCAGCUCGGCCGGAUGCUCCUUGGCUCCUUCAAAGAAACUCUGACCAACCUGCUGAAGGCCAUGAAGAGCGCAGAGUCUCAGGGGCGGUACGAGAUCAUGUUGUGUGUGGAGAAGCUUCUCCGUGGUCUGGGGGUCAGCGCGGUGCCGUGUCACCGGGACAUCUACAAGGCAGCGAGAACCUGCCUGACGGACCGAUCCAUGGCCGUCCGCUGCGCCGCCACAAAGUGUUUGCUGGAGCUGCAGAGGGAGGCGGUGUUCCUGUGGACCAGCGAGCUGGAGAACGUGGCCACUCUGUGCUUCAGAGCCUUCGAAGGGUCCAACCACAACGUCCGAGUGUCUGUGGCCAAACUGCUGGGGACGCUGCUGGCUGCAGCCGUGGAGCCGCGGCAGCCUGCCGCUGCCCCCAGACAGGGCGGGCGGGGUCGAAGCUCUCUGGAGGAGGUGAUGGAUUUGUUGACGGCGGGGUUCCUGCGAGGGGGGGCGGGGUUCCUCCGAGCCAGUGGAGACAUGCUGAAGGGGACGAGCUCUGUCAGCAAGGAUAUCCGCAUCGGUGUCACUCAGGCCUGCGUAGUCUUCGUCUCCACCCUGGGCGGCCCCUGGCUGGAGGCGAACCUCCCGGCCUUCCUGUCUGUGCUGAUGGAGCUGGCGUCCCACAGCAGAGCCACACAAACGCCGGGCGACGCUGUGGUUACCCGCCGCUGUGUCUCCUUCAUCCUGAGGAGCACCCUGGGGUCCCUGUUGGGAGAGAAGGCCCAGACCAACGCUGUCAAACAGCUGUGCCUCGCUGUGGCCUCACAGAAACGAGCUAUUGAUGCAGCGCUGACUGAUGGGAACGUGGAGACCAGAGUGUCGGCUGCAGAAAUCUCAGCCAGUCAACAUGUGUUGGUUUGUUGUCUGCUGGAACUGGGAGGACUCAUUCGAGGACUGGGAUCCACUGCAGCCCCCCUCCUCACUGACAGCAGCACAGCUCUCCUGGACACAGUGGUCUCCGUCCUCCUCCACCCCGUCUCCAUCACCCGCCUGGCCGCGGCCUGGUGCCUGCGCUGCGUUGCCACGGCGAUGCCUUCCCAGUGCUCCAUGCUGCUGGACCGCUGCUCCGAGCGCCUGAUGGCGUUGAAGUCGUCGCCCGAGGCCGUGGUCGGAUACGGAGCCGCUGUCGCCGCCCUGGUGGCCUCAGUGCAACACUGCCCCCUGGGGAUACCGCACACCAAGGGCAAGGCGGUGCUGGCUCUGGCUGAAGAUCUGCUCCGCUCGGCCUCUCAGAACAGUCGGAUGUCUCUGCAGCGCACUCAGGCCGGCUGGCUGCUCGUGUCCUCUCUCAUCACUCUGGGCCCUGCUGUAGUGGAGCAUCACCUCUCCCGCCUCCUCCUCCUGUGGCGCUGUGUGUUUCCUGCCUCGCUCAGGGAGCAGGAGAUGGAGCUGCGACGAGGGGACUACUUCACGUGGCAGGUUACGCUGGAGGGACGUGCGGGUGCGCUCUGCGCGAUGAAGAACCUGCUGCUGCACUGCAGGGAGCUCGUCACUGAUGACGUCAUUGGCCGUCUGCUCACGCCAUUGGCCUGCGCCGUGGCCCUCCUCACCAAGAUGCCGGCUCUCCUCAGGUCUCACAGCACUUCAGUUCGUAGCUGCUCCCUCGUCUACAGGCUGAGAAUCUACGAGCUGCUGGCUCUGCUGCCUCCACACACCUACCAGGAGAGCUUCGGUUUGGUGAUGAACCAGCUGGUCACUGAUCUGUCCGGCCAGGACAACCUGAACCAGCCGUGCUCCGACCUCACCCUGCUGCCCCCCCUCUGUCACCACGACGACCUGCAGCUGGUCGGCCCCGCCCUCCACAACACCGACCACAGAUAUGUGGAGGAGCAGCUCCACGGCAGCAGCGUGGGGGGGGGCUCUCUGGAUAACGACCUCUUCAGUCUGUGUGAGAGAGGAGACGAAGCUCCUGCUGCUCCUCUUCCGCCGCCUGUCGCCCUGACCGCCGCCGCCGUCCGUCUCUUCGGAGCCGUCUUCCCCCACAUCAUCUCUGCUCAGAGAGUGAAGAUACUGGAGCAGUUUGUAGAAACCGUGAAUCAGCUGAAGGGUCAACGCCAGCUGACCGUCCAGACCCAUGUCUGUGCUGCCCUCUGCAGUCUGCUCAAGCACCAGGGGAGUAUUCGGGGCUCUCUGGGGCCAGAGGAGAUCCGCCCCCCGGGGUUGUCUCUCCUGUCGGGGGCGCUGGAGAGCAACAGUCCGCUGCUGCGCUGCCUGGCUGCUGAGGGUCUUGCCCGGCUGGUUCAGGUGGUCGGAGACCCCGGCUUCACCGUGUCCGUCUCCCUGCUCUGCUUCGACAGGCUGAAGACGGUUCGGGACGCAGCCUCUCGCAGUGGCUACGCUCUGGCUCUGGGGGCGCUGCACCGCCACACCGGAGGCAUCAGCUCACCUCAGCACCUGUCCACCUGCCUGGGAGUCCUGUUCACCCUGAGCCAGGACAGCACGUCACCGGAGGUCCAGACCUGGUCUCUCCACAGUCUGUCCCUGGUGGUCGACCUGUCCGGCGGUCUGUAUCGGGCCCACGCCGAGCCGUCCUUCUCUCUGGUGCUCCGGCUGCUGCUGUCUGCUCCCCCCACCCACCCUGAGGUUCACUACAGCCUGGGCCGCUGCAUGCACGCCCUCAUCACCUGCCUGGGCCCCGACCUGCAGGGUGACGGUGCAGCCGUGUCCUCUCUGCGCUCCAGCUGUCUGGUGGGAUGUGGGGUGAUGCAGGCCAGUCCCGACUGUCUGGUCCAGGCCAGAGCCAUUUCCUGUCUGCAGCAGCUCCACAUGUUCUCCCCUUCACACGUCGACCUGGCCAGCCUCGUACCUGCUCUCUGUGAGAUCUUGUUGGAUUAUUCCUUGUUGGCCAACCUGUGCAGCUCGUACCUGUGUCUCCGUCGGGCGGUGGUGGCGUGUCUGCGGCAGCUCGUCCAGCGGGAGGCGCUAGAGGUCUCCGAACACGCAGUGACUCUGGUCAAAGAGCUGCCGAGAAGAGACAACACACAUCUGGACGUCACGAUAAAGGAAGUGGGUCUGGAGGGAGCUCUGUUCACUCUGAUGGACCGGGAGUCGGAUCCAGGUCUGAGGAGGGACAUCCAGGAGACUCUGGUCCACAUGAUCUCCUCCAGCGCCACCAGUGGGAAGCUGGGACACUGGCUUAAACUCUGCAAAGACGUCCUGUCUGCAACCACUGACUGUCGCGCUCCGGUGGAGGCGACUCAGGAGGAAGAGGAGGCCGACUCCGGCAGAGACGACGACUCCUCAGCCUUCAGUGCCAGGCCGGAGUCCGGAGGUCCAUUCACGGCCCUGCGCUGGGGCACGCGCCGCUUCGCCAUGGCGUGCGUGUGUCGCAUCAUCGAGCAGUGUGAAUCAACUGACCCGGCUCACUUUGACAUGGCUCUGGCUCAGGAGCGGCGACUGAAUGAGUCCACCGACUUCCUCGUUCUUCAUCUCGGGGACCUGGUCCGCAUGGCGUUCAUGGCGGCUACGGAUCACAGUGACCAGCUGAGACUGGCGGGGCUCCAGACCCUGCUGGUCAUCAUCAGGCACUUCUCAGCCAUCCCGGAGCCGGAGUUCCCCGGUCAUGUGAUCCUGGAGCAGUACCAGGCGAAUGUUGGCGCUGCACUCAGACCAGCCUUCGCUGCUGAUGCAGCUCCUGACGUCACCGCCAAGGCCUGCCAGGUCUGCAGCGCCUGGAUUGCCAGCGGCGUCGUCAGCGACCUCCGUGACCUCCGGCGCGUCCAUCAGCUCCUGGCCUCCUCGUUGGAUAAAGUCCAGGUUGGGGCGGACACGGUCAGUCAGCUGCACAAUGAGGCCACAGCUACCAUGGAGACGCUGGCCGUCCUGAAGGCGUGGGCGGAGGUUUACAUCGUGGCCGUUCAGAGAAGCGGACAGACGGACAGUCCUGGUGGGACGGCUGACCUGUCAGUCUCCUCAACGGCCAAUGACAGCUUGGGGUCUGAGUCAGGAGGGGCGGGGCUGCUGAAGCUGGUCCAGUCCGAUUUGUCGACGCUCAGUCGUCUGUGGCUGGCGGCGCUGCAGGACUACGCCCUGCUGACCCUGCCUCAGGAGUAUGCUUCACAGCUCCCUGCAGCCGGAGGUUCCUUCUACACGGCAGAGACGGUGAAUCAGGCCAGAGCUCAUUACUCCUCCUCCUGGGCUCCCAUCCUCCACGCCACCUCCCUCUGGCUGCACAGCACAGGUUUUGUGAUGUCAGACGACUCACCUGUGAACCUGUCCAGACCGGCCACACCCACCUCCAUGGGACACACUGACUCUAUGGGCGGAGCUAAGAGUCCAGAGGACGUCGGCGCUGACAGACUUCACUUCAUCCUCGGGAUCAGUGUGGAGUUCCUGUGUUCUCCGCACUCCGAGGACCAGAUGGAGAACAUCACUUCAUGUCUGCGAGCUCUGCAGGCGCUGCUGGACGUCUCGUGGCCACGAGCUAAGAUUGGAAACGACCAGGCUCUGAGCGUGGAGCUGCUGAGCGUCCUCCACAGACUGAUGGUGACCAGGGAGUCGGUGUCCGUCCAGCUCGCCGUGUUGGACUUACUGCGACAGAUAGUGACGGCUGCUCAGGAGCACGUGAGGGAGAAACGCCACAGUGCAGAGGUGGACGACGGUGCGGCGGAGAAGGAGACGCUGCCGGAGUUCGGAGAGGGACGGGACACCGGGGGUUUGAUUCCUGGACGCUCGCUAGUGUUCGGAGCGCUGGAGCUCUGCCUCUGUGUCCUGGUCCGGAAACUCCCACAGCUCAGCCCCAAACUCGCUGGAACCAGUCCGACUGGUCCUGGAGGUUCAGUCUGGAGUCUGACUGACAGCGACUGUCGCCUGGUGGCGUCGGCGCUGUGUGUCCUGUCGGAGCUGCCGUCCGUCUGCUCCCCUGAAGGCAGCGUGUCCGUCCUGCCCACCGUCCUCUACCUGCUGCUGGGAGUCCUCAGAGAGCUGGUCCACCAGCCCAGCUCUCACACUGGUGCCCCGGAGGCAGGCACAGGGGGCGGGGCCGGUGUGGUGGUCCAGGCGGCUCUUCAGGCCCUGAAGUCUGUCCUGACGUGUCCGAUGAGUCGACAGGAGAAGAGUCGAGGAGCCUGGAACCAGCUGCUGAGAUCUGCUCUGAACACACUGCUGGGACUGUGGGACGCCGGGGACUGUGUGGUGGAUCAGAUCCGCCUCCUCACAGCUCUGACCGUCUUCCUGCUCUCCGCUGGUCCUGACGUCUGCACUGUGGAGCCUCUGCACGCGCUCAGUCUGCAGCGCUUCACCACCAGUAUGGACGCCAAAGACCCUGUGGUUGUGAGUCGGUGUUUUCAGCUGCUGACGUCCGUGUUCCAGGCUCAGUCGGGCGUAGCCGUCCCGUACAUCCAGGCCCUCGGUCCGCCGCUGGUUCGAUUCCUCCAGAGGGUGGAGAGAAGUCGGCCUCAGAGUCCGGAGGAGCUGCUGGGAGUCCUGGAGGGGGUUCGAGCCAUGGAGGCGCUGGUCCAGGCUGCGGAUGAGUCCCAGCGCCCUCGGCUGGUGGCCAUCUUGCUGCCGCUCCUCAUCUCCUUCCUGCUGGACGAAAACGCCCUCGGCUCGGCCCCCGCCGCCUCGCGGUCCCUCCACGAGGCGGCGCUCAAGGACCUGAUGCGCCUCGGCCCCCAGCACUCGGCCGUCUUCAGGUCUCUCAUCGCGUCGUCUCCUCACCUCAAGUCCCGCCUGGAAGCUGCUGUCAAAGGAAACCAGGAGAGUGUCAACGCUAAAGCUAGCGGCGCUAACCCCGCCGCCAAGUCCUCCCCCAGCAUCACUCUAAAAACCAACUUCCUGUGAGGUCGACCUCUUGUGGCUGCGUUCGCUGUCCCCUGAGACCAAAGGUCCUGUUUGAGAGUCUGACGGCAACAUGAGGGCACACAUCACUUCAUCGUGAAGAGUUACCCUGCUGGGUUUUAUCCUGUCACCUUCACAUUCAGUAACUUUACCUCCACCGGGUACUUCCCCUUCACUGCAGUGAGAAGCACGAGGAGGCUUCCUCCUGAUUCUCUCUGAGAGACGAGCAGCCGCAGCCACAAGAACACCAAAUAAACACAAGUAGAACGUGAACACAGAAGAAAGAAAGAACAUGGUUCUGUCUCGAAGCCUCACGCAGAAACCAGGAGUGGAUCAGUUAGAGAGCCAGUGAUGAAAUAUUAAGUAUAGUAUUAUUAUUAUUAUUAUGAACACCGCUGAUCUAGAAUAAUAAUAAUUAGAUGAACGGAGGCUGCAUCUGUUGAAACAACUAAUCAAACCCUUCAAGUGACUGACACCUGUCAGAAACUGAUCAAUCUCACGGUCUGAACACGUUUCCUGCAAAAAUAUUCGCUUCUGACGAAACGACUCAAAAUGAGAAACUGAUUCAUUUGUGAUCAAUCGGCUGAUGGCGUCAUUGUUGGAGGACGAGUGAUAUAACUAAACAUUUAGAGUCGUCACAUCUGUGUUUGACAGUUUCACAAACCACCUGAAAUGGCAGUUUCCUCCCACAGCCCCUCCCACAGCUCCCACAGCUCCCACAGCCCCUCCCACAGCUCCCACAGCCCCUCAGUGGUCCUGACUGGAGCAGAAUCUGUUUUGAGCUGAGAUGAAACCACCCACCACAGUUCAUGGCGUCAGGUUCAGCGCACACUUUGAAACCUGGUCCGUGGUUUUCUAGUGAUUCAGAUUAAAUGAAAGUAAAAGUCAGAUAGUUAUUGACACUGCACCACCUUUAGUGGGGGUGUGUUUCUUUUAUCCCCCAGCUCGUACCGGGUGGGUGGUUUUUACUCGACAUACUCCGAGGCUUUCUCCUUUUAAACAAUCAACAUGUAUAAUCACGACAAUAUGAACCUUGAAACAAACAAACUAUGAUCGAUGCCUCGUGUGUUGAGGAGACUUAGAUUCUUGCAGUUGGACGACAGUCCCCCGAGAACCUGAAGCCUUGGGGGUGUGGGGGCCUGGAAGGGACAGAUGAGCCUCCAUCAGCACUUUAGAUUAACAACACUACAGUUGUCAUAUCGACACGUUUUAUAUCCACGGCUGGUUUAAAGACCCUCAGUUUAACGUGUAUCAUCUCAAUGUGAAGGAGUUGAAGGUGCUUUGAUGUGAGUCUGCACGAUCACUACAUACGUAACGUUAGCACGAGCAGCUGCUUGUUUGUUUCCUCUCAACGUCACCAACGUUCACUCCUCUCUCGAUUUGACCGAAGUUAACCUGUUAGAAACUGGCCUCGGCUCGGGGGUGUGAAAACAAACGACAGACGGCUGAAGCUGUUGGUGAGAAACUCACACUGACUCCUUUGAAUCACAGAGUCUAACUUUAACUAACGAAGAUUCACCUGCAAUAAUAAUUCAACCAGGUGAGCUUCAGUCUUCCAGCUACAGCAGCUUCACACACACACACACACACACACAGCUGCACUACAGUGUGUGUGUGUUCAGGAGUGUGUGAGUUCACCUGGUUGUCUGAACAGCCGUGAAUGUGUUAACUUGAUAUUUUCUAACGACAGCAAGUGAAUAAAAUGUUUUUAUUCUAAUUCA